AUGGCUCAUCUCCUGGACAAAAUGUGCACCAUCAUGGGUGUCUUUUACAAGCACGCCAAGCAACGUGGAAACUGCUCUGCCCUGACCAGGAGGGAGAUGAAAACGCUUCUCCAGGAGGAAUUUGCCGGGGUCAUAGAGGUGAGUGGAAGCUGCGAUGGGGAACAAGCAGCGAAGGAUGAGGGGGGUCUGGGGCUGGACACUCUUACAAGCAGCGGUGGGUGCUACCCAAGGAGACUGGUAGGGUUGAAGGCAGGGAGACCAACAGGAGGUGGCACCAGAGCCAAUAGUAGGCAGAGGCAAUUAAUUGUGUGCUGAGAAAAAUACAGGAGGGCCCUAACAGAUCGGACAACUCCUUGGAAGGAUUAUAAGUCAAAAAGAGUUGGGUGGGGACUGGCUGAGGUUGGUGGGGCAGUUCCCCUAUUUGCAGCCUCCACUGCCUGCCAGAGACCAGGUAGAAGACAACUAGGGCUGCUUCUGAUGUACAGCAUCUAAAUGAAGCUGAAGGUUCACUCUUUGUGCUUUCCUCAUUCUUCAGAACCCUCAUGAUCCUGAGACACUCGAGCUGACCUUCCAGCUUCUGGAUGUCAAUAAGGACUGCUUGGUGGACUUCAAUGAGUACCUGUUCCUCAUCUUCAGAGUUGCCAAGGCCUGCGACAGCCACCUGCAGCCCAGAGAACGCCGCGUUCAGCGGGGAGAAGCCCGCAGAGCCCCACAUGAAGAUGAACUUCGAGGGGAAGGACGAGACCACCGCCAGCUACGGGAGGCUGAAAGGGAAGGGGGCUAUGUCUGUGAGCAACGAGACUCUGACCGCCCACGACUUCGUCAACAGGAAGGUGCCACUAGACGUGAGGGGAGAAGAGAUCACUUUCCACAGGAGCCUGUUGCCCGAUCAGAUCAGAGGAGCCGCCAAGCUCGUGAUCAGGAGUUGAGGGAUGAUUGUGGGAGGUACCGUCCAUCCCAAGCUCGUGAUCAGGAGUUGAGGGAUGAUUGUGGGAGGCACCGUCCAUCCCAAGCUCGUGAUCAGGAGUUGAGGGAUGAUUGUGGGAGGCACCGUCCAUCCCGCGAGACUCAGGAAUGGGAAGAUGACUGUGAGGACCGGCCACGUGGGUCUGAUGAGCAGGGAGAAGUGGAGACCUGCCAGCAGACUCAUGAGUGUGAGUCACGAAGGGAUGAAGCUGGCCGUCGUCAACUAAGACGCAGAGAACCAUCAAGGGAAGAGGACCAUCAGCGCCAGUCAUGGGAGAGAGAUUAUGAUCAAAGAGAUUGUCUUCCACGUGGGCCUCUGCCACGGGGAGGAGGCAACAGACAGCGACAUUCCCAAGAGGCCACUCAAAGAGGAGAAGAUGAGAGGCGACGUCAACCAAAAGUGACUGAGUGUCAAAUGGAAGAGGAAGAGGACCUGAGAAGGCCACGUGUGUCUGGACGGCAGGUGGGUGAAGAAAGCCACACCCGCCGGUGUGCAGCACAAGGAAUCAGAUCUGAUUAUGGAAGAUCUCGCCCAUCUUGUGAACCCCAAGAACUGGAAGAUGGAGGGAGAGAGGAUUACGUAUGUGAAGAUGAGCGAAGGUCCCGCAGACGUGACCAGCGUGUAGCUAAUGAGUGCUGGGACCAAAGAUCUGAUCGUAAACCAGUAGAUUGUGAUGAUGAGUCCCACUCAUUUCCCAGAGAUGGAGAGAGGAGAUCUUUGUCCUGUGAUCCAGAAUGUGAGCAGAGAAGGUCUCAGAGGUGUGAUGCAGAACACAUUGAGAGAUCCAUGUCUGACUGCAGAAUGGAUGAGCGGAGAAGCCAGGGUCAGUACAGACCUCAAUCCAGAGAGGCUGAGCUCCGUGAACAUGAUGUAAGAGAAUCUGAACGAAGGAGACGCCAGCCUGUGGAUCAAGACGAUAGGACCAGACCUUAUCCAUGUGAGCCAACCACAAGAGCAGAGGUGGAGGACCAGCGAUGGUCUCGUGUUCUAGAAUGCAGAGAGCGUCAGAGGACUGGGCUCCAUCCAUCUGAAUGUGAACCUGCAGAUGGUGAGAGGAGAAGGCCCCAGUCUUGUGAGUAUGAGCCCAGAGAGGGUGACUGGAGAAGGUCCCAAAGACAUGCACAAACACCAGAAGAGGAUGGCUGGGGAUGGGAGGAGUGCCAUCAGGAUGAGGCCCAAGAGGAGGAGAAUCUGAGGAGGAGGAGACCCCUGUCUGGUGACCUUGAACCUCGUGACUAUGAAUCCUGCAGGCCUCAAAGACAUGAAAGAGAACCAAGAGGUGAUGGUCAGAGGCGGCAGCAGUAUUAUGACUCUGAGCUUUUGGACAGAGAUGUUGAGAGGAGGAUGCCUGAAGCCCAAGAAUCUGCUCGACGAGAGGGUAGACGAGGGAGGCAGCAGUGUUAUGACUCUGAGACCCUAGAAAGCAGAAGAAACAGGCCACAGUCACAUUAUUCUGAGUCCUGGGAAGAUGAGAGAAGGAGACCUGAGGAGGCUGACUUCAGUGAUGAUGAGAGGGAGAGGCCCCAGGCAAGACAAUCCCUUUCCAGACCCAGAGAAGAAGACAGGUACUACUCAUCAGUGGGUGGCCGAAGAGAGUGCGAUCGGGGCAGGCGACAGGAAUACGAGUCUGAGCCCCGGGAAAGCGAGAGGAGACCACGUCAGCGACGUGAACCUGAGGAUUAUGAGGAGAGGGGGCAAAGGUAUUGCACCCCAGGAGCCAGAGAGCAAGAAGGGAGCAGACCCCAGAGAUCAUGUGACACUGACUCAAUAGGUGUUGACGGGAGGAGAUGCCAGACUCGGGAGGUUGACCCAAGAGAGCAGCAUAGGCGAGCCCGGUGCCGUGAUACUGAACAAAGGGACCGUGAGAGAAGCCAGACCCUGAGACGUGAUGGUGAGACAAGGCAAGGUGACCAAAGGAGGAAUUGGUCCCAUGACACUGACCGAAGGGAUAGUCAACAGCAGAGGAGGGCCCAGUCUUGUGCUGAUGAUGUUGGAGAUGUUGAGCCCAGGAGAAGAGGAAUGGACCAGAGAAUCAGUGAACAGCAGAGGAGAGGCCCAUCACGGAGCUCUGGUGAUGCAGAUGCCGACCAAAGGAGAGUCCAGGCACGUGAAGAUGACCCCAGGGAAAGUCAGAGGAGAAGGGCCGUUUCUCCUGGGCUAGAGCAUGGAGCAUCUCAACAGCGUAGACCCCACCGCUGCGACUCUGAAUCCAGAGAGAGGGAGAACAGGAGGCAAGAUUUACAUGACCCAGAAGAACGCAGUUGUGAAUCUAGAGCGGGCAAUCGACGUGUCUCCAAGCCACGUCACACCCAGUCUUGUGCAUUUUCUUGUAACUAA